CGCUUCUCCUUUUGGCAGGCCUGUCGCAGCGCAUAGCUCAUAUCAGUAGCCCAGAAGAUUUGCUACAGCCAUUUUGACAGCAUGCCUAAGCGCUCCUGGCUUCCUCGGACCAGCACUGCGCCGGCGCCUCGCAUACAGGACACUGCUCUGAAGGCAUAAAAGAUGACAGCGCGACGCAAAGCGCUGGAGCUGGGCCGCAACAUCGCCGUGGGAGGUACGCUGUGCACGGUUGGUGACGGCGCCGCACAGUACGCCUUCACCGACACGUUUGAUGGGAGGCGCCUCGGGGCGAUGAUGAGCUACGGCAGCUGGUCGGCGAUUAUUUAUCACUACUGGUACGCGUUUCUCGCGCGGCGGCUCCCGCCGAGCGCCUACGUGCAGAAGGCGGCGCUCGACUGUUUCGUGGUGACGCCGGGCUUCGAGAUCCCGGCGCUCAUGACCUGGACCGGUAUCUUAGGGCGGCGACAGACGCUCGACGAGGCCCUAUCCCAACUCCGGCGGGACUUCCCGACGGCGCUCGCGGUCGACGUCGCCAUGUGGGGGCCCGCGUCGCUCGUCAUGUUCCGCUACGUGCCCCUGCGCUUCCAGGUGCCGUACAUGUACGGCUUCGGCGCGUGCUGGGACUUUAUCAUGUCCUGGAUCGCGUUCGAUAAGUAACUUGUUGUGAAC